CGGGCUGGCGGCGGCAGGACUCUGCGUCCCAGCAUCCCCUGCAAGAGUCCGGGAGCACUUCCGCCCUGUUGAGAAGUGGGUGUCGCUGUGGUCUUGGGUAGCAGUCCCUUCCCAGGAGUCCCUGAAGGACACAUUGCCAAUGCAGGAAGCCACCAGAUGAAGACAGUCCUGCUCAAGUGAAGCAGCCAGGCCAGAUGAUGGCUGCGGCCUCGCCUCCACCAGAGCCAGAAGACCUCCUGAUCGUGAAACUGGAGGAGGACUCGUGGGAGAAGGAGAGCCAUGGCCCUGUCCCUGGACCCGAGGUCUCCCGCCGGUGUUUCAGGCAGUUCCAGUACCGGGAUGCGGCUGGACCCCAUGAGGCCUUCAGCCAGCUCUGGGCUCUCUGCUGUCGUUGGCUGAGACCUGAGCUUCGCCUCAAAGAACAGAUCCUGGAACUGCUGGUACUGGAGCAGUUCCUGUCCAUCUUACCCAGGGAGGUGCAGACCUGGGUGCAGGCACGGCACCCUGAGAGCGGAGAGGAGGCGGUGGCCCUGGUGGAGGAUUGGCACCGAGAGGCCUGGGCUGCCGGACAGCAGGGACUGGAGCUGUGCUCUGAAGAUGCCAGGCCCUUCGAAGCAGUUCAGGAGUUCCAGAGGUUCCAGCUGCAGCCAGUGGCUCACUGCUCUGAGGGACAGCCUCGGAAACAGUGGAUGGAGAAUACAUGUCCUGGCCUUUCCAAGAUGCCACCUGAGUCCUUGAAAGAGAGUGCUGUCCUCACACCCCAAGUCCCAACUGUCCCAAAGAUGGCGAGCAUUGGAGAUUGGGAGGUGGCGGCCGAAUCCCAGGAAACCCUGAGUCCCAGCUCAGCUAAGGAGGAGCCCUGCCAGGACCCCGCAGGAGACCGUGGGAAUGGUACACGCCCAGGAGUUCCAGCUUCAAAGCCAAGUGUCACCUCCCAACAUGAGCAAGGACCAGAGAUUUUGGGUCUGAAUCUUAUCAAUUCUGGGAAUGGCAGCGCUGCAGAUGACGGCCUGGACAGUGAGCAGGACCAGCCAGCGCAGGAGGCGGCUCAGGCGGACUCCAGAGCCUGGGAAGAGCCACGCCAAUGGGGUGCGGACGACAUGAAGGUGUCAGGGGUUCACUGGGGCUAUGAGGAAACCAAGACUUUCCUGGCCAUCUUAAGUGAGUCUCCUUUCUCUGAAAAGCUCCGGACUUGUCACCAGAACCGUCAGGUAUACCGGGCCAUCGCAGAGCGGCUGAGGGCACGGGGCUUCUUGCGGACUCUGGAGCAGUGUCGCUACAGGGUCAAAAACCUUCUACGGAAUUACCGGAAAGCCAAGAACAGUCAUCCACCAGGGACCUGCCCCUUCUAUGAGGAGAUCGAGGCCCUGGUGAGGGCUCGCUCAGCCAUCAGAAGAACCACAAGUGGGCCAGGAGAGGUGGUGGCACUCUCCAGGCUGGGUGACAGCGACACUGAGAUAGAUGACCAAGACGAAGGUUGGGAGCCCGAGGAGGCCACAGAAGACUGCAGUGGUUCUGGCCUGGCCGCUGAAGAAUCUCUUCAGGGGCCCAGGAUUGCAGGGGCCCCAGCUCUGCUCCAGAGCCGUGUUGCCGGCGUGCACUGGGGCUUCGAAGAGACCAAGGUCUUUCUGGCAAUUCUCAGUGAGUCCCCGUUCGCUGAAAAGCUUCGCACCUGUCACCAAAACAGCCAGGUAUACCGGGCCAUCGCCGAGCGGCUGCAUGCGCUGGGCUUCCUGCGGACGCUGGAGCAGUGCCGCUACCGAUUCAAAAACCUUCUUCGAAGCUACAGGAAGGCCAAGAGCAGCUGUCCACCAGGAACCUGCCCGUUCUAUGAGGAGAUGGACUCGCUGAUGAGGGCACGCACUGUGAUUAGAGCCAUGGAGACUGUAGGAGAAGCCACAGGUCUUCCUGGAUCUGGACAGAGCAGUACUGAGGCCGAUGACCAAGAGGCCUGGGGUGAGAUGGAAGAUGAGGAGGUCAUUAGACUUCUGACUCCAGACUCCCAGACUCCAGAUGCAGGUUUUGAGUUGAAGCAUGAGGAUGAAGACCAGAUUUCAGAGGCGGAUGUUUUGGGGGGUUUGCCUGGAGCCUUAUCAAGAUAUACCAGCAAAGCUGUUUGCCAGCCUCCAGUCUGGGAGGAGGACCAUGAGAAUGGAAAUGAAGGGGGGUGGAGGACCACUCUCCCCUGGGAAGAGAGCUCCUCUGAGGAGGACUUAGAAAAACUGAUUGACCACCAAGGCCUGUACCUCACAGAGACACCCUACAGAUGUGACACACGUGUGAAAAGCUUCAGUCGGAAAGGGCGUUUCUUUACCCCACAACAGACCCAUUCGAAUGAGAAACCCUACAAGUGUCUUGGCUCUGGGAAGAGUUUUAGUGACCAUGUCAACCUCAGUACCCACCAGAGAAUCCAUAUUGGAUCGAAGCCGUACAGUUGCGUGGAGUGUGGGAAGAGCUUCAAUGACCCUUCUAACCUCAUCAGCCACCAUAGAACCCACACAGGGGAAAAGCCCUAUAAAUGCGGGGUGUGUUGGAAAAGCUUCAACCAGAGCUCAUACCUACUGAAACACCAGCGCGUCCACUCGGGAAGAGUUCUUAGCCAGCGUGAUGAGUCCGGGGAGAGCUUUGGCCAAAGUCCAUCAUUUAAUUACUGGAGAAACUCUACGCGGGAGAGACCUGAAGAACCUCAGAAUAUCAGCAUGGGUCCCCCCAACUCAGGGGAGAUGCUGUACCCGUGCCCUGAAUGUGGACGGUGCUUCUCGAAGAGCUCCGCCCUCAUCAGUCACCAAAGAAUCCACACAGGCGAGAAGCCAUACGUGUGUGCCGAGUGUGGGAGAAGCUUCAGCAAGAGCUCCAGCCUGUCCAACCACCAGCGGACUCACACCGGCGAGAAGCCGCAUAGGUGUGCGGACUGUGGAAAGUGCUUCAGCGAGCGCUCCAAGCUCGUCACCCACCACAGGGUCCACACGGGAGAGAAGCCCUACGAAUGCCCCGAGUGUGGAAAGUUCUUCCGAGACCGGUCCAACCUCAUAACCCACCAGAGAAUUCACACGGGAGAGAAGCCGUACAAGUGCAGAGAGUGUGGGAAGUGCUUCAACCAGAGUUCGAGUCUCAUCAUCCACCAGAGGAUUCACACCGGGGAGAAACCCUACAAGUGCACAGAAUGUGGCAAAGACUUCAACAACAGCUCCCACUUCAGUGCCCACCGCAGAACCCACUCGGGAGGGAAGGCACCGUAGGCCACACCUCCUCCCGGCAGAAGAGCAAUAAUGUGUAUUUAUACCUCCCACGUUACUAAAGCGCACUAGAAAGAAACCUUCCGAUGUUUAAGCUUGGUGUAUAUUUAGAGGUGCCAUCUUUGAAAAAUUCGGGUAAUUUGGAGGUGAAUUUCCACUACUAAGGACUGAAGUUGGAAGGUACUUCCCAAGUGUGAUUUGGUUUGCACACCCCCAACACACACAUAGAAUCGAUCCUUAGGCUGCCCUUACAUCUGCUGUCACUUGAGAACUUGGUCAGUGAGGCAGAUGGGUGAUGUUGGGAUUAGAGUCGGAUCCGUGGCCCAACAUUGAUUCCAGAUUCUUCCUGUGCCUUCGCUAGCUGCUCUUCCCACAGAAAGCAUUGCUCUUGGUAGUUUGCAGUUGGGGCAAAAACUUCAUAGGGAAACCUUGAAACCUCACAGUGAGGGGUGUAAACUGAGAGCCAGUGCCUGGGGUACCCCACCUCGAGGUCAGCAGCGAGGGGGGCCACAGCGAGAUCGUUACAGAAUCAUUAGUAAUAGCAGAAAUAGCUGUGCAUUGAACACUCGCUCUUUGGCAGCCUGUGCCAAGUGCCUCAUGUAUCAUCUCAUUUAAUCCUCAAUGUAGUCCCAGAGUAGAAAACGGAGGACCGGGAAAGUCAGGUGACCUGCAUGAAUCACACAUCUGAGAACAGAGGAGGCAGAAUUCAAGACUCAUGUGUCCCCAGAGCCCGAGGGGCUGUGUGCUGUCCCGAGUCCUCUUACAUGAGGUUGGGUAGCUAGCACUAGGAUCUCAAAGUAUGGUCGUUAAAUGAAAUCUCCCUUUGACGAGCACAGAAGUUGAGAGUUCCUGCAGAGGAGAGGAUUUGGGACAUUCAGAACUGGUGAGGCACUGUGCGCGGGCUGAGUUGUUACCAGAGCGACGGGUAGGUGUCACCAUCUUCAGAGUGACACAGGCGAGAGGUAUGUAGACAGACACUGGUGCGUCUUGCAGGGAGAUAGUGCUUUGGCUAAGAAGUGGGUUGAAGCGUCUUUCUCAGGUCAGUCCCGCUUCUCUGCAUGUGGCUGAGCACAGGUGGCCAGGUCUUAGCAAACUGGCCUUCCCCGUGCCCAGUCACGCCUGCCUGUUGGGCUCUCUGGCUCAUUUUCUUCAUUUCCAGUCCCGAUGCCUGAGGCGGAAGGAGUUGGCACGCUGUCGUCUGUUGAGAGGGCUUGAGAAGGGCUCCAUGUUCUAGUUUCCUGGAACCACUGUAGCUUCAGCCCUCUCAUCGCAGGCCACCCUGUGCGGUCUCUCAGGCCUGCCACUCAUACGACAGGCCAUGACAGGGAGGCCCAGUGCGGUCUAUCAGGCCUGCCACUCAUACGACAGGCCAUGACAGGGAGACCCAUGCCCAGUGGUUUUCUUCUCCCUUUGGCCUCCACAGUUUUUCUUAGCGUUUAAAAAUGUUGACUAUGGACUCUGGCUUUCAUAGAUUUUUAAAGGAAGGUGACUUUCUUACGGCCAUGUGUGACCUUAGAAUGCCACUCGUGUCCCAGUUACUUCAGGGCUGUUGGAAGUAUUGAUCAGAUAAUAGCUGGGAAGAACUUUGAAGAUGAACGUUCUAUUUGUAUGUGAGAAAGUAGGUGGAAGCUCUUGCCGUCCCCUCCGAGGGAGGCUGCUCCCUAGCCUUCUUCUUGUACCAGAACCCCCUUCCCAGGAAGCAGUCCUCUGGUUCUCCUUUGUGUCAGCUCUCUUCAGCUUACCCUUCCAGGCUCAUCCUCUCGCUGAGGACCAGGAUCAUGAGGUGAGCCCUGGCUAACGAUCAGCAAAUGUCAGUCACUGCAAUAAGAAGAUACGUAGACUACCCUGGGCCUGAAAGGAAGGGCCCUGCAGGAGAGAACAUCCUAGAGAAAGUUACCCAGGUAUGAAAGACCUGGGUUCUAGGUGACGUAGGGGCCCAGGUUUGCAGCCUGGGGUGAGGGACUGCGGUGGUGGGAGGGUGGCCUCUGGGAUUGCACAGGGGCUGGGGCAAGGUCAUUCUAGGUGCAGCAAAGCCGUAGGCUCCUUCCUUUCACGGGCUGGAAGCUUGGCUGGGUGGGCCCUGAAUGGUGCUAAUUAAUCUCUAUUGCCAACCCCAGCCUCUCGUUCAGCACACGCCUUAGCUCUAAUUAAAUUGCCUAGUGCUUUUUUUUCUCUCCAAA